AUGGGGAGCAGCAAGAGCAAACCCAAAGACCCCAGCCAGAGGAGACGCAGCCUGGAAUGUGCUGAGAACGCCCACCAUGGUGGCUACCCUUCCUCUCAAACGCCCAGCAAGACGCCUGUCCCCGACGCCCAUCGGACCCCCAACCGCUCCUUUGGGAGCAUGGCAGCUGAGCCGAAGCUCUUCGGAGGCUUCAAUACGUCCGACACAGUCAUGUCCCCGCAGCGCUCGGGGGCUUUAGCUGGUGGAGUCACCACCUUUGUGGCCCUCUACGACUAUGAGUCACGGACGGAAACAGACCUUUCCUUCAAGAAAGGGGAGCGCCUCCAAAUUGUCAACAACACGAGAAAAGUGGAUGUCAGGGAAGGAGACUGGUGGCUGGCUCACUCCCUCACGACAGGACAAACGGGCUACAUCCCCAGUAACUAUGUCGCACCCUCAGACUCCAUCCAGGCUGAAGAGUGGUAUUUUGGCAAGAUCACUCGCCGGGAGUCAGAGCGGUUCCUGCUCAAUUCUGAGAACCCCCGAGGAACCUUCCUGGUCAGGGAGAGUGAAACCACCAAAGGUGCCUACUGCCUCUCGGUCUCUGACUUUGACAACGCCAAGGGGCUCAACGUAAAACACUACAAGAUCCGCAAGCUGGACAGCGGUGGCUUCUACAUCACCUCCCGCACACAGUUCAACAACCUGCAGCAGCUGGUGGCGUAUUACUCCAAACAUGCUGAUGGCUUGUGCCACCGUCUCACGAACGUGUGCCCAACUGCCAAGCCCCAAACGCAAGGACUUGCUAAGGAUGCUUGGGAAAUCCCCAGGGAGUCUCUGCGACUGGAGGUGAAACUGGGGCAAGGCUGCUUUGGAGAAGUGUGGAUGGGGACCUGGAAUGGCACCACCCGGGUGGCCAUAAAGACUCUGAAACCCGGCACCAUGUCUCCAGAGGCAUUUCUGCAGGAGGCCCAGGUGAUGAAGAAACUCCGUCACGAGAAGCUGGUUCAGCUGUAUGCGGUGGUGUCAGAGGAGCCCAUUUACAUUGUAACAGAGUACAUGAGCAAAGGGAGCUUACUGGAUUUCCUGAAGGGGGAGAUGGGCAAGUAUCUGCGGCUGCCCCAGCUGGUGGACAUGGCGGCUCAGAUCGCAUCUGGAAUGGCAUACGUGGAGAGGAUGAACUACGUCCAUCGGGAUCUCCGAGCUGCCAACAUCCUGGUGGGGGAAAACCUGGUGUGCAAGGUAGCCGACUUCGGCUUGGCCCGGCUGAUUGAGGACAAUGAAUACACGGCCAGGCAAGGUGCCAAGUUCCCCAUUAAGUGGACAGCCCCGGAAGCUGCUUUGUAUGGCAGGUUUACGAUCAAGUCAGAUGUCUGGUCCUUUGGAAUCCUAUUGACUGAGCUGACCACGAAGGGCAGAGUGCCAUACCCAGGUAUGGUUAACCGGGAGGUGCUGGACCAGGUGGAACGUGGCUACCGGAUGCCCUGUCCUCCAGAGUGCCCCGAAUCACUGCACGAUCUGAUGUGUCAGUGUUGGAGGAAGGACCCAGAGGAAAGGCCCACCUUCGAGUACCUUCAGGCUUUCUUAGAGGACUACUUCACAUCGACAGAGCCCCAGUACCAGCCAGGCGAGAACCUAUAG